UUGCCGAAUUCUUUAGCAGGCAAAUUAAUUAAUAUGUAAUGAUUCGUGUAUAAGUUAUCUAGGUGAAAAAUGUUUUUAUAUAACUAUAACUGGUUACUGGGCAUGAGGGCCUUUGACUAGAAAGUUUUUGAAAACUUGUACAGUGGAGCUUAACUGUGAGAUGUAUUUUAUUGUACUUCUUUUAAACAAAUGUGCAGUGUUCAUUUGAAGAGAAUUUUUUGGAGUGGAUAGCAUCUGAGCAUUAAAUACAUACAUAUGACAAUGACAAAGGCAGAUGCUUCUUGAAGUGAAUACAAUUUUCUAUAAUAUAGUGGUUUGACAGUUUCUCUUUAAGUAAAUAACUCAAUUUAUAAUGGAAGGCAAUGAGAAAAUGAUUCAUUACUUAGGUUCUUUUACACAUUGAUAGAAUGUACUUUUUACACACUGAUAGAAUGGCCCAUCUUUCAAUGUAAUGAGUUCCCUGUUACUGAAUGACCUCUGGGGUCCUUUCUAAUUUUAAGGUUUUUGAAUGUACUCUGAAUUUUUGCUGUGGUGUAGAUUCCUUUGCAACUAAAUGGGGAGAACCUUUUUGCUCUAUGUUUCUCUCCCUGUAUGCCCUCCCCUAAUCCCCAGCCCCACAUGUUUGGUGUCUUUAACUGACAUUUAGAGCAGCUCUAUAUUAACAUAUCCCUAUCUUCACAUCUGUUUUGUGCUAAUUCUCUAAUAAGCCAACCGCAGAGCUCUUCUCCUGUAAGUCUCUGAAAUCUGUGCCUGGUUAGGAUUUCUCUCUUGUCAGGCCAGCAGUCUGAGAAAGGGCAUUAGGUAUGUGCUAUCUAGAGUUUGGAGGAUCGACUGUAACUUUAAGGUGAAAGCCUGAAUACCUUAGGGUAAAUUUUCUGCUAAAUUUUGCCUAGCCAUCUGACAUCAUAGUACAUGUCUCACCAUUCCAAGGACAAACUUAGUUCUAGAUUCUAAAACAACGCUUUAGCAAAAAGACUUAAUAAAUGGCUAGAAAACAGAUUUUAGCAUCACCUGCCAUUAGGGAAUACUUGUCAAACAUUUACUUGCUUACCCAUCUCCUUUACAUUCGUGUUAAGGAUGGUUUUAGUUGUAAUUUGGACUAAGUGCGAAGGUAUCAGAAUCCUAGUAAAAGGGAUUAGAUAGGCAGGUAAAUGAAGAAAAAGUCAGUGUCAGAUGGAGAGCAUGCCUUGAUCUCAUUUCAGCUUACCAACUGAAGCUCCAAAGUAGGAGAGGCAUGAGCUCUUUUAACUGGAUUUACAGAGAUGGUAGAAAUGGAACAAAUAGCAAGGGAGAGGAUAAGAUGUGGAUAAGAGAAGAAAACAAGAAGAAAGGAAUCUUAAAGUUUCUUCAUUUCUGUCCUUAAAUUGGAUUCAGGCUUACUGUGCUUACUUCUUAGGGCACACAGUUCACAUACUGUUCCAGCAUAGAACACUACUAGAGAAGCGAUAUAGAGCAGUGGAUAUGAAGAAGCUGAAGUUCGGAAGAAACUUGAGGAAAAGGACAGACAGGAGGAAGAGCAGCUCCAACAACAGAAAAGGCAGGAAACAGGAAGAGAGGAUGGUGGCACUUCGGCUAAAGGUUCUUUAGAGAAUGUAUUGGAUUCCAAAGACAAAACCCAAAAGAUCGAUGGUGAAAAGACUGAAAAAAAUGAGACCAAAGAGAAAGGAGCAAUCACAGCAAAGCAACUAUACACAAUGAUGAUGGAUAAAAACGUCAGCUUGAUUAUAAUGGAUGCUCGAAGAAUGAAGGAUUAUCAGGAUUCCUGUAUCUUACAAUCUCUCAGUGUUCCUGAAGAAGCCAUCAGUCCAGGAGUCACUGCUAGUUGGAUUGAAGCAAACCUCCCAGAUGAUUCUAAAGUCACAUGGAAGAAGAGGGGGAAUGUGGAUUAUGUGGUACUUCUUGACUGGUUUAGUUCUGUCAAAGAUUUACAGCUUGGAACAACUCUACGGAGUCUGAAAGAUGCACUUUUCAAGUGGGAAAGUAAAACUGUCCUGCGCAAUGAGCCUUUGGUUUUAGAGGGAGGCUAUGAAAACUGGCUCCUUUGCUAUCCUCAGUAUACAACAAAUGCUAAAGUCACUCUACCCCCACGAGGCAAGAAUGAAGAGGUGUCUAUCUCAUUGGAUUUUACUUAUCCUUCGCUGGAAGAAUCAGUUCAUUCUAAACCUGCUGCCCAGAUGCCACCUCUUCCCAUAGAAGUAGAUGAAAAUAUAGAAUUGAUAAAUGAUCAAGAUGAGAGAAUGGGACCACUGAAAAUAUCAGCUCCAGCUGAACCAAUUGCUGCUUCUAAAUCUAAUGUUUUACCCAUAAUUCAGCCAGUGCCUAUUAUAAAGAAUGUUCCACAGAUUGAUCGUACUAAAAAACCGGCAGUCAAAUUGCCUGACGAUCAAAGAGUAAAAUCUGAAAGUACAGAUCAUGAGCAACAGUCUCCUCAGAAUGGAAAAGUUGUUCCUGAUCGUUCCACCAAGCCUCUAGUUCCCUCUUCCACUGUCAUGUUAACAGAUGAAGAAAAAGCUCGUAUUCACGCAGAAACUGUUCUUCUAAUGGAGAAAAACAAACAAGAAAAAGAACUUCGGGAAAGGCAGCAAGAGGAACAGAAAGAGAAACUGAGGAAGGAAGAACAAGAACAACAAGCCAGAAAGAAACAAGAAGCUGAAGAAAAUGAAAUCGCAGAGAAGGCACAAAAAGCAAAGGAAGAAAUGGAAAAGAAAGAAGGUGACCAGGCUAAGAAAGAAGAUAAAGAAACCUCAGCAAAGAGGGGCAAAGAAAUAACAGGAGUAAAAAGACAAAGUAAAAGUGAACAUGAAACUUCUGAUGCCAAGAAAUCUGUGGACGAUAGGGGGAAAAGGUGUCCAACUCCAGAAGUGCAAAAAAGGUCAACAGGAGAUGUGCCCCAUACAUCUGGGACAGGGGAUUCAAGUGCAGGCAAGUCUCAACGAGAGCCUUUGACAAGAGCACGAAGUGAAGAAAUGGGCAGGAUCGUACCAGGACUGCCUUCAGGCUGGGCCAAGUUUCUUGACCCAAUCACCGGAACCUUUCGUUAUUAUCAUUCACCCACCAACACUGUUCAUAUGUAUCCACCGGAAAUGGCUCCUUCAUCUGCACCUCCUUCUACCCCUCCAACUCAUAAAGCCAAGCCACAGAUUCCUGCUGAACGAGACAGAGAACCGUCCAAACUCAAGCGCUCCUACUCCUCCCCAGAUAUAACCCAGGCCAUUCAAGAGGAAGAGAAGAGGAAGGCAACAGUAACUCCAACAGUUAAUCGAGAAAACAAGCCAACAUGCUACCCUAAAGCUGAGAUCUCAAGGCUUUCUGCUUCUCAGAUUCGGAACCUGAAUCCUGUUUUUGGAGGAUCUGGACCAGCUCUCACCGGACUUCGUAAUUUAGGAAAUACUUGUUAUAUGAACUCAAUAUUGCAGUGCCUAUGUAAUGCUCCACAUUUAGCUGAUUAUUUUAACCGAAACUGUUACCAGGAUGAUAUUAAUAGGUCAAAUUUGUUGGGGCAUAAAGGUGAAGUGGCAGAAGAAUUUGGUAUAAUCAUGAAAGCCCUGUGGACAGGACAGUAUAGGUAUAUCAGUCCAAAAGACUUUAAAAUCACCAUUGGGAAGAUCAAUGACCAGUUUGCAGGGUACAGCCAGCAAGAUUCACAAGAACUGCUUCUGUUCCUAAUGGAUGGUCUCCAUGAAGAUCUAAAUAAAGCUGAUAAUCGGAAGAGACAUAAAGAAGAAAAUAACGAUCAUCUCGAUGACUUUAAAGCUGCAGAACAUGCUUGGCAGAAACACAAGCAGCUCAAUGAAUCUAUUAUUGUCGCACUUUUCCAGGGUCAGUUCAAAUCCACAGUACAGUGCCUCACCUGUCACAAAAAGUCUAGGACAUUUGAGGCCUUCAUGUAUUUGUCUCUACCACUAGCAUCCACAAGUAAAUGUUCAUUACAGGAUUGCCUUAGAUUAUUUUCCAAAGAAGAAAAACUCACAGAUAACAACAGAUUUUACUGCAGUCAUUGCAAAGCUCGACGGGAUUCUCUAAAAAAGAUAGAAAUCUGGAAGUUGCCACCUGUGCUUUUAGUGCAUCUGAAACGUUUUUCCUAUGACGGCAGGUGGAAGCAAAAAUUACAGACAUCUGUGGAUUUUCCAUUAGAAAAUCUUGACUUGUCACAAUAUGUUAUUGGUCCAAAGAACAAUUUGAAGAAAUAUAACUUGUUUUCUGUUUCAAAUCACUACGGCGGGCUGGACGGAGGCCACUACACUGCCUACUGUAAAAAUGCAGCGAGACAGCGGUGGUUUAAGUUUGAUGAUCAUGAAGUUUCUGAUAUCUCUGUUUCGUCUGUGAAAUCUUCAGCUGCUUAUAUCCUCUUUUAUACUUCAUUGGGACCACGAGCAACUGAUGUAGCCACAUAAAGAGACAUAGGUUAUAAGCUAGUUAUCUUUUAAAAGUCUCAGCAACACAACUCUUGAAAUGCUUAUAAAGACAAUGGAUAGCUGUAGCCGGCCACUUAGAGGAACCCUAGGGCAGCGGGAGCUGUGUUACUAGUACCAUAUACUUCAGGUCAGUGCUAUUAUCAAAAACUGACAAAUAACAUUUAACAAGUAUUGCGGUAAGCAUCCCUUACAGGUACCAUUUAUUUCAAAAGAACUUUUUAGUCUGCUCCAAAGUUAAAAUAAUAACUAGCUAAGCAUUAUUAUUCUACUAAUCUCAAAACCAUUGUAUCCCUUUUUUUUCCCUUUUCACUGUUAAAGCCUUUUUACAUUUCUAAAUCCCAGCUUGAUGUACUAUGAAUACUCCAGACUGAUGUAAAGCAGAUAGGCAUGUAUGUGUACAUAUUUAUUGCACACUUGCACAUCAAAUCGAUGUACAUGGUUUAACAUGUGGUCCUUUCGUGAAGCCUAGAACUCAGAGGAUUGCUUUUUUUUUUUUUUUUUUUUUUUUUUUUUUUGGGCCUAUUCUGAGUAACUGCAGUGCUUUCUUAGGGAAAUGACAGGGCAAAGCUAUUUUUCUGUUGGCUUUGGGCUGUAUUUGUGCACUAAAUCUUUAUUCUAAAAAAAAAAAAUAAAUGGAAACUUUCUUUAAUUCUUUUAAAAUGAGAAUUUCAUUUACACCUACAUUAAAAUCUUUAUGAGAAAAAUAAUUUAA